GUCAGAUGUUUGGGCGUUGUUCUUUAAGGUUGAACAUAUCCUUGGCUUCGGGCAUGUCGAUAUCGACAUGUCAGGUGUCAGCCCUGAUGUAUUGUUGAUGUUGAGACUAUCUUGGAACUCUCAGCUUCGUGACAGCCUUUAAUGCGUUUUCGGUUUCUCACCUUUGGCAUACAUCCGCCGACAAAUAACUGUUAAUACGACAAAGUUCCACUCAGCCGGCAUGCGACCCGCUAUCGUCUUCCUCGCUACGUUCAUUGCCCUGGCGGCAGCAGCACCGGAGAUGACCAUGGAGAAGCUUCAGGAGCGGGCGCUCUGUGAGUGCAAUGAAAACCGCUGCCGUGGCCCGAGUUGCUGUGCGAACGGAACGUGCUGAUAAUUCCUGCUAUCGACAGGGUUAGCAAGUACAUAAGACUCGAAAAUACUUACGAGAAUACGAUGUACGUUGUAACGACUUGGAAAUGGGCUUUCGGCGCUUGUGUAUUGGCUUUGGGAAUUAGGACUUGGUGACAAGAAUAAGGUGGAGUUUUGGUGAAAUCGGGACCUAGUGUUCCAGCUUCAAAAUUUAUUGAAAGUCUAUUUUUCCAUGCUUAAAGAAUCUCAGCUCAGAAAAGGUUCCCUCUCAGUAGCUAGACAAUCGUGAACUCUAGAUUUCGGCCAG